AUGGCCGACAUUACACUAGAUGAUGUCCUCGAUCUCGAGAAUGAAUUUUAUAAGGAGGGCUUUACAGAGGGUCAGGAGAAGUCUGUGAGAGACAAUUUUCUUGAGGGCAAAGCGUAUGGCCUACAAACAGGGUUUCAACGGUUUCUUGUACUUGGCUACAUUCAAGGGCUCGUCGAGAGUUGGGAGCAAUACCAAUCGAAGGCAGUCCAGGGUCACCUCAGCCAGCUUAAGGACAUCAUCAAGGACAUCCCAUUGACGAAUGGAGACAAGGAGGUCGCAAAAUACGAGCUUGCAAUAGGGAAGGCUAGAAAUAAGGUAAGGGUACUAGCGAGCAUUACUAAGUCAUCAGAGAAGAUUGCUAAGCUAGACAAUUUGAUAAAAGAGGUGGGUGGUGCAUUACAAGUGUCUGAAAAUGUCGAUGAGAUGUGGUAA